GACAGGUCAUGCCUUAAUUGCCCAUAUACAAUAUCUCAUAUAAAUUGUCGAAUUUCUGUGAAAGAGUCAUUGAGUAAAGGUCGACGAUCACCAUUCCUUCAUACCGAGAAAAYCAACGCCAAAAAGAUUUAAGUUUCCAUAAUCUUGGGCUAUGGUUUUGUUCGUAAAAUAUAUUUGGGUUCUUUUAGUUCUUUCUGUGUUAAUACAAGAAAGUUUUGGCUKKUGGUGGAGACGAAGACGACGACGAUGUAGUGCAAGAAAUUGCCAAGUUAGCUCCUGGUCAAACUGGUCUUCUUGYUCGCKCCGUUGUGGGGUUCAAGGAACUCAGACCAGAUCAAGACRAAAGACUGUAGGCCAAACAUGUGGCGGUACUUGCCCGUAUGCMCUAAKUGAGACAAGGUAUUGUACAAGUGGUMSCUGUCAUAAUGGAGGAACCAUAAAGGGGCAUUAUUGCUAUUGCCAUACUGGUUAUAAAGGAUGGUGCUGUGAAUAUGACGUGAACGAGUGCACGACAUCACGACCRUGCCAACACACGUGUAUCAAUACCUAUGGUAGCUACACAUGCCGGUGCAAUUCGUGUUAUACUAAACUAGGGAAAUAUUGCGAGCUAAGGCAGUGCCGUAUUGGUGGAAGAUGCUACCGUUAUGGUAAAGUUAACCCUUAUAACCAGUGCCAGGUAGGCUGGACACGCUGACAAUGUCAGUUGCUAAAUAAUUACAACUGAAAACAAAUCCGAAAUAAGAAUCUAUUAAGGAAAAUAUUGUCAAUCGUGAGAACAUGUACUCAUAUCAUAUCAUAUUAUAUAUAUCCAUAUUUUUCCUAAUUUUAAUACUACUAUAUCAUUUAUGAAGAAAACAGACAAUCGUCACAAAGCGAAACUAUACAACUUUGGCACGAUAUACUGACAGGAAAAAAUGUUUGCAAAAUAGGAUAGGGUAAAUUAAAUCCUUGUUUUUUCGAUAAUCCAAUGAAAUUGCAAGAGGGUGUUAGUGUUUUUCUAGGAUUCAUUUCUGAGACUAUAAAAUAUCCAAAUUGUUUGAUAAAAGUCUAUUUUUCAGUUUUUAAGCUCAAAGUAGGAUUAACCAAACAUAUUUMCAACCCUUCCCAUGGCUAAGUUGUAAGUCUAACGAAGGUUGUUGUAGAUACAAGAUAGUUAGACAUGCUUUUCAACUCGAAGAUUGCGAAGCAAUAAAAUUACUCAGCCAGUCACUCACCCACUUUCCUGUAAACUUGAGCCCGCGUUACUUGUGUUCAGAACUAAUAUAAAAAUUAGGUAAAACCUAWUAGCGRAGCUCCCAAAUAGAGAUAUGCAAUGCAUGUUGGAUAAAAAUGGGAUSCAAGGCACAUUGGUCAGACUACAUGUGRUUUGUUAAGACUAAUUUAUUUUGGCAAACGAAAAACUUUCAUGUCACUACAUUAAAUUAAACUCUUUCUUCUUCA